AUGGCUCUCAUGUCCACUCUGACUCCGGUCUUCGUGGCCAUCCUGUGCAUCCUCAUUGCCUUCAUCUUUAAAACACAGCGCAGGUCAGAGUCUUCCUCAGCUCAGAAAUCUUCCAGCGGUGGAGGAAAGGAGACAGAAGCACGGCCAUGGGUGGACGAGGACUUGCAGGACGACACCGAGAUCAGCGGCAGAGAAACCGAGGAAAAUGAUUGGGUAGCUGCAGAGACAGAAGAUCUCCCCCAUGUUCCGUACACACCACGUCGCUACCCUGAGGAUGAAAUGCUGGAGCGCUCCAAACACUUCUACGCCCUUUUGAACGAACGCCGGUCGGUCCGCUUCAUCAGCCCAGAACCUGUCCCUCGAGAGGUGAUCGAUAAUGUGAUACGCGCUGCAGGCACGGCUCCAAGCGGUGCCCACACUGAGCCCUGGACGUUCGUGGUAGUGGCUGACACUGAGACCAAACACAAAAUCCGAGAGAUUGUGGAAGAGGAGGAAGAGAUCAAUUACAAACAGAGGAUGGGAGAUAAAUGGGUUGAUGAUCUACGCAGACUCCGGACUAACUGGGUGAAGGAGUAUCUUGACACAGCGCCUUAUCUGAUCCUUAUCUUUAAGCAGACGUAUGGAAUAAUGCCGGAUGGAAAGAAAAAGACUCACUACUACAACGAGAUUAGUGUGUCCAUCUCGUGUGGCCUCCUACUGGCAGCUCUGCAGAAUGUGGGUCUGGUGACGGUGACCUCCACGCCUUUAAACUGUGGGCCGCACCUCCGGGUUCUCCUCAAUCGCCCAGCGAAUGAAAAGCUGCUCAUGCUGCUUCCUGUCGGAUACCCGGCUCCAGACGCCACCGUGCCUGAUCUGUCACGCAAGGAACUUAAGGACAUCAUGAUGUUUGUGUGACAUCAUUAAAAUCCACCUGUCUUCCUGUUUAGUUUCACAAUAGACGUCAGG